CUGUUGCUCACUUAGUAUCUUAGAUAUUUGACCCACCCAACUUUGACGAGGAUAGUAUACAUUUAUAGUGUAUGACUGCCAAGUCUUUCAGUAGGAACUAUUAUUAUGGCCUGAAGAUAACUUUUCAAGAUGGAUAUAUGGAUUUUGUUAUCGUCUGCAUUUUCUAUUGCAUUAUGGGGCAUUGUCUCUUCGUCAGAGAACAAGAUGUUCUGUUACUACAGUAGCUUCGCCAUCAACAGAUCAGGCAAGGCUAAGUUCCUCCCCGAACACAUCAACCCUUAUCUCUGCACUCAUAUCAUUUACGCAUUUGCUGACGUGGUCGAUGGUAGAGAUCUGAGGCCAUCGGCUAAGGAUGACGUUAGCAAUAAAGGAUUAUACUACAGGACAAUGGGUCUGAAGAAGUUAAAUCCAGAACUAAAGGUCCUGUUGGCAGUAGGGGGUUGGUUUGUCGGUUCAAAACCAUUCAUUCCUAUCUUGCAGUCCGACUCCAAUCGUUUGGCAUUUGUUGCCAACGUAAUUGCCUACCUAAGAAAGUAUAACUUUGAUGGCCUGGAUAUGGACUGGGAGUUUCCAGGGGCACGAGGAAGUCCUGAAUCUGACAAGCAUCGUUUCACUCUCCUGAUGAAGGAUCUCCAAGAUUCAUUCCGAGAAGAGUCAAAGUCUAGUGGUAGAGAAAAACUUCUGUUAACCAUGGCAACCGCCGGAGGGAUGUACUUUAUCAGUAAAUCGUACGAUCCACCACGGUUGAUACCUCACAUCGACUACCUGUUACUAAUGGCCUACAACUAUCAUGGGAGCUGGGAGGAUAGGACUGGGCAUCACAGCGGUAGCCACCCCCGGGCACAGGAAGUGGGGCCUGAGAGGCAGUUAAACCAGCAAUGGACAAUUGACUACUGGUUAGAGCAAGGUGCCAGUCAGGACAAAUUGAUCGUUGGCAUAGCAACGUAUGGAAUGACUUUCACGUUGGCGGAUGCAAAUCAAAAUGGUGUAAAUGCAAGUGCAACCGGGGGUGGAAAGAAGGGAAAAUAUACAAAAGAAGAGGGCAUACUUUCGUACUUCGAGAUAUGUGAUUAUAUGAAAUAUGGGAUGAAAACUGUUUGGAUGGAUGAGCAAAUGGCGCCUUAUGGUUACCAUAACAACCUGUGGGUUGGCUAUGACAACCAGGAGAGUAUCACCUACAAGGCCAAUAACAUCAGGAACAGAGGCUUAGGCGGGGCAUUUAUUUGGUCGGUGGAAAUGGAUGACUUCAAUGGAAAAUCAUGUAACCAAGGCAGAUAUCCACUCCUUUCGACAAUAGCAGAGAUCCUUAGACCACAAUCGGUGAAGACGUACAUACCAAGAUUCCCUCGUCCGAAUAGGCGAACCACUUUACAACCUGGCCAGAGGACGCUAAGGCCAACACCAAGGAAGGUUAGACCAACUAAGAAUAAAGUAAGACCUCGUUCUCGAACAAAUGCUAUCCCUGAAAGACCCAAAACUGACAGCCAGAAUGCUAACGGUGUAAAAACAGCCAAAUCCGACUCAGCUGACAACAUGAGGGAACUGACUUCCAAAAAGGAAGGAGAUCCCGAUAUGGUAACAGACGAAGAGAAUGGCGACAGUCGGAUUUCUCAUCGAGGGGGAAAUAACAAAUAUCAACGAACGAGAACUAUUCCUACUGAAAACGAAGAUGAUACAGAAUCAAAACAGAUUAAAACAGGCAAAUUCGUUUGCCCAACUGCUGGUUUUUAUAAAGACACCCUAGACUGUGGUAAAUAUUACAUCUGCUUGAACAUGGGGAAUAAAUAUCGCCAGUUUCACCUUUCUUGUCCCCGGGAUCUUAGGUGGCCAGGGUUAAAGAUGCACUCUAAACCAAGAAGUGGGCAAGGUUAACUGCCAUUAUAGCGCAGUGUUCUUUGUUCGGACAAUUUGGGAUCAGGGGUGUUCUUUUUUCAAUUCAUUUCAAUUUAUUCAUUUCAUAAUUCUUAUAUAAUAU